CUCUCUAUUUCUCUCUCUCUGCGUAAACCCUCCAAGGGGCUUGUAAAAAUGUUAGCACUGUUUGAGACACCAGGUGGGUUUGCCCUUUUUAAAGUGUUGAAGGAAGGAAAGCUCUCUAAUGUUGAGGAUUUGGGUAAUGAGUUCUUGACUGCAGAGUCAGCAAGAAAGAUGGUACAGCUUAAAGCUUUUGACAAGUUUGACAACACAUCUGAUGCUCUUGAAGCUGUGGCUAAAUUGCGGGAAGGAACUGCAAGCAAGAGUCUACGCAAGUUUUUGAAAUCUAACUGUGAUGGUGAAACCUUAGCUGUGGCUGAUUCAAAGCUUGGAAAUAUUAUCAAGGAGAAGCUGAAAAUAGACUGUGUUCACAACAAUGCUGUUAUGGAGCUGUUACGAGGUGUCAGAAGCCAGUUUACUGAACUUAUAUCUGGAUUGGGAGAUAAUGAUCUAGCUCCAAUGAGCUUGGGAUUGUCUCACAGUCUUGCCAGAUAUACACUAAAGUUCAGUUCUGACAAGGUGGAUACCAUGAUUAUCCAAGCUAUUGGUUUACUUGAUGAUCUUGACAAAGAGCUCAACACAUACGCUAUGAGGGUUCGUGAAUGGUACGGUUGGCAUUUUCCUGAGCUUGCUAAGAUUGUACAGGACAAUAUCCUAUAUGCUAAGGCUGUAAAACUAAUGGGGGAUCGGAUUAAUGCUGCAAAGCUAGACUUCUCUGAGAUAUUGGCCGAUGAAAUUGAAGCAGACUUAAAAGAGGCUUCUGUGAUAUCUAUGGGAACUGAAGUCAGUGACCUUGAUUUGUUGCACAUCCGGGAACUUUGUGACCAGGUUCUUUCUCUAGCUGAGUACAGAGCUCAGCUCUAUGACUACUUGAAGAGCAGAAUGAACACUAUUGCACCAAAUCUGACCGCCCUUGUUGGUGAGCUAGUUGGUGCUCGUUUAAUUUCUCAUGGUGGUAGUUUAUUGAACCUCUCAAAGCAACCUGGGAGCACGGUUCAGAUUCUUGGAGCUGAAAAAGCCCUAUUUAGAGCCCUCAAGACCAAACACGCCACUCCAAAGUAUGGUCUAAUUUACCAUGCAUCUGUGGUUGGCCAAGCUGCACCCAAGCACAAGGGUAAAAUCUCUCGGUCACUAGCUGCAAAAGCUGCUCUUGCUAUCCGGUGUGAUGCCCUGGGUGAUGGUCAAGACAACACUAUGGGAGUGGAAAACCGCUUAAAGCUUGAAGCACGGUUGAGAAAUCUUGAAGGAAAAGAUUUAGGACGUCUGUCUGGCUCAGCUAAAGGCAAGCCAAAGAUUGAAGUUUACGACAAGGAUAAAAAGAAGGGAUCCGGAGGUCUCAUCACUCCUGCUAAGACUUACAACCCUGCUGCAGACUCCCUUCUUCAAACUCCCACAGCGGAUUCAGAGAACGGUGUCAAAGAGAAGAAAGACAAAAAGAAGAAGAAGAAGACUGAUGACGAGGAAGAAGCCAAAACCGAGGAGCCUUCAAAGAAGAAGUCGAAGAAGAAGAAAUCAGAACCAGAACCAGAAACCGUAGAAGAACCCGCAAAGAAGGAGAAAAAGAAGCGAAAACACGAGGAAGAAGAAACCGAAAUGCCAGCCAAGAAGAAGGAAAAGAGUGAGAAGAAGAAGAAGAAAAGUGAAGUCUGAGGAGAGAAGUUCAAAAAUUUUGCGUGAGUACACGUUUUAGCUUCUCAAGGGAGACAAAUUAACCAGAAACAAAAACAGUGUUUGUUUACUUUUGCUUUAGGUGUUUAGUAAGUUCUUUCUAUUUUAUUUUGAGUUCUGAAACUUUAAAAAGAACUGUUCUUGCUUUUGUAAUGGUUAUGUCUUGUUUUAGCCGUUUCCUCCAUAA